AUGGCCCCAAUGGUCUUGGAUGUUGACCCUGCCAUCAUAGUCACGGCUCUCACUUGCAAAGCCCCAGAUACUGCUCUGCAACCGAUUAGUGGCUGUAUGUGGACUGAGCGCUGUUUGCCUUCGUGCAAGGCUUUUUGUGUGUUUAUGUGUUUUUGUGCUCUAUUCUCGUCUGAAUUCCCGGCGCUUUCUCCCUUCUGGGUCGCCGCCGCCUGGGGUCCUGCGGAGCCCUGGCCUCUUGGCGAGAUCGCUCAGCCUCAUCACAGAUCGGUCACACUUCCAGACCGUCUCUUUCGUCGGUCGCAGCCUUACUUCUGUGGAUGCAGAAGCAGAAAUGGCUCUCAGAUCCUGGAUUAA